AUGCAGGACCGGCGGCUCAGCGCGCUCCACACCAGGCGAUUCGAUGGACCUUCUGGUGGUCAACAUAUGGUUGGCGACGCUACCGACAUCCACAAUCCCGGAAUGCCGCUUUCUGUGGCCGAUACGACAACAGUGGCGGUCCACUUCGCGCAGGCAGCCUCCCAGUGGAAGCUUAGCGGCAUAUUUCUCACCAGUGUGGAAGAUAUCAUGGAGCUCCGGCCACUUGGUGAGUAUGGUUUCGACUCACUUGUGGCAGUCGAGUUCCGGACAUGGCUGGCAACGUAUCUGGGUCCGACCUCGUCUGUAUUUGAAGCGAUCCAGAGCUGGCUAUCGGCAGCUCUGACUUCACAUGGUCGUCAGUGCUCUCACCUGGAUAUGGCCAUGUCUCUUUGUUGCCCAGAGCGAUAG